AUGCGGAACUUUUUCAGACAACACGACACCUCGCCCUACCCGGCUCCUCCCGAGGUCUACAACAAGAGGAUCUGGAUCAUGAUGCUCUCGGCGUCCAUGAGCGCGGGCAUGUUCGGGUACGACUCGAGCUUCUUGGGCGGCACCCUCUCUUUGCCAUCUUUUAAGCAUACCUUUGGCCUCUCCGACUCGCUCGGUGCCUUGAAGCUCGCAGCCCUCUCGAGCCACAUCGUUUCCACCUUCCAGGCUGGCUGCUUCUUCGGGUCCCUUUCCACUUAUCCCCUCGUGGAGCGCUUCGGCAUGCGCUACUGCUUCUUCCUCGCAUCCUUCCUCUUUGUCCUCGGUUCCAUCCUCCAGACCGUCAGCACCGGUCAGCUCGCCAUGAUCUACGCCGGCAGGGCGCUCACCGGCCUCGCCAUCGGCAACGCCUACCUGCUCGGCCCGGCAUACGUGUCGCUCAACUCGCCUCCCGCGAUCCGCGGAAAGAUGGUUGGCCUCCUCGAGUGCGUCUACCAGGCCUUCCAAGUCACUGGCUUCUGGAUCAACUAUGGCGUCAACAAGCACGUCAGCCCCCACUCCAACACCCAGUGGAGGAUCCCCGUCGCAUUCCAAAUCCUGCCAGGCACCCUGCUCGCCGUACUCAUGUUCUUCCAGCCCGAAGCUCCACGCUGGCUCAUCAACAAGGGUCGAGAAGAGGAGGGCAUCCGCAACCUCUGCUACCUUCGCAAUCUGCCCCAAGAUCAUCCCUACAUCCAAUUUGAGAUUCAGCAGAUCAAGGACCAGAUCCAAUCCGAGCAUGCCACAGGUCACAAGGACUCGUUCGCCAGCAAGCUCGGCGAGGCGUUCGGCGCCAACAACCGCUCGAGACUCUUGCUCGGCUUCGCCGUCAUGCUCCUUCAGAACUUUUCGGGCAUCAACGCUUUGAACUACUACAGCGCCACGCUCAUCCGCAACGUCGGCUUCAAGGGAACCUCGGUCUCGCUCCUAGCCACAGGCGUGUAUGGAUUGGAAAAGGCCUUUGUCACGCUCAUCUUCAUGUCCUUCUUCGUAGAUACGCUUGGCAGGAGAAAGGCGCUGCUCAUCGGAUCUCUCGGCGCCGCAUCGGGCAUGCUCUAUCUCGGCAUCUACACAAACGUCUCCCACAGCUUCACCAAGACGCCUCCGCGCGAUGCAGGCUCCUCCAUGGCCCUUGCCGCCAUCUACUGGUACACGUUCUGGUACGCCAUGUCGUGGAACGGAAUCCCAUUCAUGUUCUGCGCAGAAGUCUUCCCCGCAAGGAUCCGCAUGCUCUGCAUGACGAUGACCACCUGCAUGCAGUGGUUGGCGCAGUUCAUCAUUGUCUACUCGCUCCCCUACAUGGUCGUCAGCAUCAAAGGCUACGUCUUCAUCUUCUUUGCGGCCUGGACCACCUUCUCCUUCUUCUUUACACUCUUCCUCAUGCCAGAGACCAAGGGUGUGCAACUCGAAGACAUGGACAUCCUCUUCAACAUCAAGGGUACCGCCUUCCGCAAGGACCGCGAAUUCAAACGCGUCGUAGCCGAGAGGGCCCAAGAUACGCUCAACGGCCAAACGGCGGACGUGCAGGCGUUUCACGUCGCGACUAAGGACCAAGACGUAGAGUCCAACGCUUCCCUGCAGGACAAGCACGAUGCCGGGCAUUUUGGUGCUUCGCUCUCUACACGCGAUGCCUAG